AUGGACUUCAACAUGAAGAAGCUCGCGUCGGACGCUGGCAUCUUCUUCACCCGGGCCGUGCAGUUCACGGAGGAGAAAUUUGGCCAGGCCGAGAAGACCGAGCUCGACGCCCACUUUGAGAGCCUCCUGGCCCGGGCGGACAGCACCAAGAACUGGACCGAGAAGAUCUUGAGACAGACAGAGGUGCUGCUGCAGCCCAACCCCAGCGCCCGAGUGGAGGAGUUCCUUUACGAGAAGCUGGACAGGAAGGUGCCCUCGCGGGUCACCAACGGCGAGCUGCUGGCGCAGUACAUGGCCGAGGCGGCCAGUGAGCUGGGGCCCACCACCCCCUACGGGAAGACGCUGAUCAAGGUGGCUGAAGCGGAAAAGCGCCUGGGAGCGGCCGAGCGAGAUUUCAUCCACACGGCCUCCAUCAACUUCCUCACGCCCCUGCGCAACUUCCUGGAAGGGGACUGGAAGACGAUUUCGAAGGAGAGGCGGCUCCUGCAGAACCGGCGUCUAGACCUGGGUGCCUCCAAAGCACGGCUCAAGAAGGCCAAGGCUGCCGAAGCCAAAGCCACGUGUGAGGGAGAUACGGUGCCUGACUUUCAGGAGACUAGACCGCGUAAUUACAUUCUCUCGGCCAGCGCCUCCGCGCUCUGGAAUGACGAGGUGGACAAGGCUGAGCAGGAGCUCCGAGUGGCCCAGACAGAGUUUGACCGGCAGGCAGAAGUGACCCGGCUCCUGCUGGAGGGGAUCAGUAGCACCCACGUGAACCACCUUCGCUGCCUCCACGAGUUCGUUGAGUCUCAGACCACAUACUAUGCCCAGUGCUACCGCCACAUGCUCGACCUCCAGAAGCAGCUGGGCAGAUUCCCAGGCACCUUCGUGGGCACCACCGAGCCUGCCUCCCCACCCCUCAGCAGUACCUCACCCACCACUGCUGCGGCCACGAUGCCCAUGGGGCCCUCUGUGGCCGACCUGGCCCCUCCAGGGGAGGCCGCUCUCUGCCUGGAGGAGGUGGCCCCGCCGGCCAGCGGAACCAGGAAAGCCCGCGUUCUCUAUGACUAUGAGGCGGCCGACAGCAGUGAGCUGGCCCUGCUGGCUGAUGAGCUCAUCACUGUCUACAGCCUGCCUGGCAUGGACCCCGACUGGCUCAUUGGCGAGAGAGGCAACAAGAAGGGCAAGGUCCCCGUCACCUACUUGGAGCUGCUCAGCUGA